AUGGCAGGGGCGGGAACACUAAUUGCCGCUCUCGGCUCCGUCUUGGCACUGGCUAAAAAGCGAGGAGAAGAAGCCAAGUCGCCGUCGGCCCCCAGAGCCUGGCGCAGCCCGGGAGAGCCCCGCGGCCACGGGCCCCGACCCGGGACAGAGCUCACGGCCGCGGUCUCCUGCCUCGUGCUGCGCCGGUCCCUCCCUGCCUGGGUUUCGGGGCCGGUCCCGGGCUGGGAUUCGCUAGAGGGCACCAGAGGAUCUGGAAAGCCCCCGGCUCCGGGACGUCCCACGCCCAGAGGGUGGGAGCCCCCCGAGUCGGGGCGCCGUGUGCUGCAGGCAGCGCUGGGAACACGCGUCCCCUGCACACGGACAACGCCCCGGAGCGACUCCGACCCGACCCCAGCGGGCACCAUAACCCUGGCCCCCACGUCAAGCCGCCCGCAGCCGGUCUCCGGAUACCCAGCCAGCGCUUGGGAAGGGGGCUGCGGGGGCCACACCAGGGCCCCUGCUCCUCGGCCAGCUCAGGCCCAGUCCAGGGGGAGCGCGGGGUCCAGGACGUGCCCGCGACGGGGAUCACCCACCUGCGACCAUCCGCUCCAGCGACGGCCCUGCACACGGCGGCUCUGCUCCUCCCGCCGCUUCCCUGGACUCCAAGCCUGGCAUCCGGUGGCGUCCUCGGCACCCAGGACGUGCGCCGGGGGGCUGGCAUCGCGCAGCCGGGAGGAGGCCGAGGCGCUGGAGAAGGAGCUGCUGGAGGAUUACCGCUUCGGCCAGCAGCAGCUGAUCGAGAUCUGGGGCCAUGCCUGCGCCCUGGCCGUGACCAAGGCCUUCCCCCUGGCCGCGCUGCCCAGGAAGCAGCCCACGGUGCUGGUGGUGUGCGGACCGGAGAAGAACGGCGCCAUCGGCUUGGUGUGCGCCCGGCACCUGCGGGUCUUUGAGUACGAGCCGACCAUCUUCUACCCCAAGCGGUCCCCGACCCCCGUGUACCAGGACUUCACCACCCAGUGUCAGAAAAUGGACAUCCCCUUCCUGUCCUACCUGCCGACCGAGGUCCAGCUGAUCAACGAUGCUUACAACGUGGUGAUCGACGCCAUCCUGGGCGUGGACGCCGAGCCGGGGGAGAUGAAGGAGCCCUACACCGGCAUCCUGGCCACCCUGAAGCAGAUCCGCAUCCCCAUCGUCAGCCUGGACGUGCCCUCAGGCUGGGACGCGGAGUCCGGGAGCAGCGAGGGCAUCAGCCCCGACGUGCUGGUGUCGCUGGCCGCGCCCAAGCUGUGCGCCGCCCGCUUCCUGGGCCGGCACCACUUCGUGGCCGGCCGCUUCCUCCCCUACGACGUCCAGAAGAAGUUCGAGCUCAACCUGCCCGAGUACCCGGGCACCGAGUGCGUGGUCUCCCUUUAGGGAGAUGCUUCGGGGUGGCAUCAGGGACGCGGAAGGAGCAGGCAGGCAUCUGCCCAGCUCACAGCGUGACCCACCGGCACCGUGGGCCUGGCACAACCCUCCCCAAGCCCAGCUCAGCCCAGGGCCCUCCGGGUCAGGCCGCCCAUUUCCCCGCGCCGUGCGUGCAGGUCGGUGCUGUCCAUGGGGCGAGUCCCCGCUGCUGUAGCUGGAGGAGCUGGGGCAGGGGGGAGAGGGGAGGACAGGAGCAGCUGCCACUUGCCCGGGCCCCCCCGGCCCUGCAGCUCGGUGGCAGCUUUUCAAAUCGGUGCCGAUGACUUCGCCUCCGCUCUCCGCCGUGGCACCUUGCUGGCUGGGGUCCGGCAUGCCGGGGCGGCAGGGCGGGGAGCAGGACGCUGAGAGGCGGGGGCCACCCUUCUCGAGCAGGCAGGGCAGUGCCCAUCCCCGGGAGGGAGCUGAGCCGCCUGCUUGCAGAGGGUCGGCCUCCGGGGACCGCGCCGUCAGGCCCACGAGUGCUCGAGCUGUCGCUCACACGCAAAUAAAGAGGGCCUGGC